UGAAAAUGACGUCAAUGACGUCGUACCACCGUCGCCACCACUAUAUAAAAAUAAAACGAAACCCAUAUCCCGUUGCCAACCUCCUUCCUUCCGCCACUGCCCCUCCCUCCCUCGCCUUCUUCCCCCGGAGGCUUCCCGCCAGGCGUUCUUUUGUGGAACAGGAAAGGUGUCGAAAAUGAACCAUUUCAAUGUUCAGCAGCAGAACGCCUCUUUCGUGGGCUGUGAAGACAUCCGAGGUUCUGCCUUGAUGUCUGACACCAAGGAGCCUGUGAUUUGCCCCAAGCCCAGGCGAGUCGGGAUUUUGUCAAACAACCCCAUUAGGCCCUUGCGGUGGCAGAUGAGUCAUCAACCCGAGUUAUGUGACUCAAAAGCUGGGGCAGAGCUUCUGGACCUUAUUCUCAGGAAGGAGGGUUAUGGGUUGGAGCAAUCAUCUAACGAGGUUGCCUUAUCGCCCCCAUAUUUUUGCAUUUCCCCCCCUAGUAGGGCUGCUAACCCAUUAAUUCAAGAUGCCCGAUUUGGAGAUGAGAAGCUCACUCCUGUUUCAGCAUUGCCUGUUCCAUCUCCAUCAACUUUAUCAUCGCCACGCAAAGCAGGUUGUGUUAGAAUGAAGUAUGGGCUUAAACCUGCUGCAGCUAGAGUAGAGGGAUUUGACUGUCUCAAUAGGGAUCGCCAAAGUUCCCGCAUCCCAGCAUUUGCCUAAACUUCAUCGAAAUAAGUGUACAUAUAAGGAGGAAAGCUAAAUGCCACCACAGCUCACAAGUACAGCGGACUUAACAAGAAGAGUGAAUUUUGACAAUUUUUGGAGAACUUGAGAUCUAGUAGUACUGUAUAUAGCGUAUGUUGUUGUCGAUGAUCAUCUCAGUUGCUAAUAUCUGCAAGUAGUUUGAUGGGAACAUUACAAAAAGAGUGUCGAACUGUCAAACCUUGUGUUAUGGAAAAAGGGUUUGUAUGUGUCUAAAGCCUUUGCUCUGUUGUAAUGUAAGAUGCGUCAUAAUUUUUCUGGCAAUCACCUGGAAGAGUGUAUAAAAGCUUAAUGGUGAUUUAGUUUGGUCUAUUAAUCUGUAAAUGUAUUUUGGUUAUAUUUUUGGAUAUAAAUGUGUUCUGGUAAUUUUCUGUA